ACAACAACCACUACACCCACCACCACAACAACCACACCGACAACAACUACAACCAAAACCACAACAACCACACCAACAACAACCACUACACCCACAACUACAACAACCACACCAACAACCACAACUACUAAGACAACAACAACAACGCCUACAACCACAACUACAACACCCACCACUACCACAACCACGCCUACAACCACAACAACUAAAACUACAACAACAACACCAAACAACCACAACUACUACACCAACAACCACAACAACCACCACCACCACAACAACUCCCAUUACAACCCCUCCACCAUCACUAUGCCAGGUCUCCGCGAGAAUCUUGAACGGCGCCCGCGUCGUCGAUCAGUGCGCUUUUGCCGGCAUCGCCAACAUCACCGCAAACAACGGCAACAACAUUGUCUGCAACGCCAUCUUCACUAGAGCCACCGUCAACGGCACCUACAAGUCGACGUUCCUCACCUCAGCCACCUGUAAAAAAGUCAUCGAAGCAGGGUCAAAAGCUGGCGUUGUUUUUAGCUUACAAUUGGGAACACAGAUUGUGCCUAUUUUGGCGGGUUUGAUUAAUAUGUACGACGGCCCUAAUGACGUGGCGUUCUUGGACAUCUCUGACUUCUACAAGAACCUGGUAACUGGUCAGUCCUCCUGUGUGGCCCGGGGGGCGUGUCCAUACACCCCGGCCAUAGCACCAAAGGUCAGCCUUAGCGACUGCAAGAUCGUCAGCUAUGGUGCCAACAACGCAUCCUCAACAUUGAGAUCAGAUAGCUUGUAUGAGACGUCAGUCGCGUUUAAUUUUAUUGGUUGUUCAACUGUCGCCAAAAGUUCCGCUACAGUCACUGACUAUUGUUUCAGGACUAUAAGCGGCCAAAAUCUGUUCUGUAACGGUGACGCCGGCGCCCCAGUAUUCUGCCGGGCGCCAUCCAACAACGAGUGGAUCCUGUUUGGUGUAACGACACUGGGACCAUCAUGCAACACGUCACCUGAGUUCCGUGUUCUACCCUACCCCGGAUAAAGAGAACGGACAACUCAAAGGGAUACAACUACAGAUAUAUUUACGUUAACUAAAACAUAUCUAGUUUUGUAAUAAUAUGCAACAAAAAUUACUUCCCUGUUCUAUGUGGUUUUUAAUUUUGCUAUUACAUUUUCCUAGAACAACAUUUCUGAAUUUUAAAAUUGUAAAAUUCGCUUUAAUUUAAUUUGUGUGGAACUAAUCAUUUUAAAUUAAUUGUUAUCCAUGUAAUUAUAUCAGGAUAACGAGUUUAUUUUUCAAAAUAUAAGAUCUUAAAAUGUCAAUCUUACUUCAACUCGGUGAAUUUAUAUCUGCUACAUAUAAUUUUUUUUGGUAUUACUCAAGCUUUAUUUAUUUUCUCAUUGAUUUAAUUAAAAUUACCUAAUUUUAAAUAGACAAAAAUAGUUACUUAUCCAAUAAUUAGGUGUACUGUAGGCUAUUGCUUUAUAGAUGUACAAACGCUUAGAGAUUUUAAGAAAAGGCUGAUAAUAAAGUUUUUAAACUGCUUUGUUACAAAAACAAACAAAAAAAGACUAUUAAGACUAAUUAGUAGAACUAACGAUGUGUUCAGUAUAUUUUGAUAUCACAACAAUAAAAAUGGAGCUAUAAAAUAAAUGUAUGAAGUGGCU